AUGGAAUAACAAAAAGGUGAAAUAGUAUUAGAAGGAAAGUACAAGGAUUUUUAUGAGUUCCACGGAGUCUAAUUGUACGGAGCUGGUUUCCCUGCUCACUUAGUACCUUAAUUAUUAGAUAAGUUAGAAAAAGAAGUUUUUGAUUUCACUGAUAGUUUUGCAGUUUAGGACAACUAGGAGGAAGAAACUUUCUAAUCAGUAGCUCUAGAAAAUGUUGAAAAGCACUCCAAAGUUAUUUUGAUUGACCAUUAAUUCACAUUCAAAAUGGAGGGUUUGAGAAGCGCUCUUGAAUCCAGUCCUGAGCUAAUCAACAAGCUAAGAUACGAAUUGCAAUAUUUUGGAGAUAAAAAAAACAUACCUGGAAUUACAAAAUCAGAUAAAUUUGAAUGCAAGGAAGUUGUUGAAUUCGAUGAACAAGGAAUCGUUGAUCCUACUACAUUAGAUAUUUAAAAGGAUGUUGUUUCUCUUUCCUUAUUUGAUAACUAAGUUGAGUCCUUAGAUUUAGUCAGAUAAGUCCUUUAGAAGUUACCAGCUUUGAAAGUGCUCUUUUUGAACUACAACCCAGUCAGCGACACAGAAGGAUUUUUCGAAAAAAUCGAAGAGGAGUUUCCCAAUAUUGAAUUGUUAAAUUCCAAGUUUACCAAAAAUGCAACCGACUUUGGUCUUAAGUUUGCUCACUUUAAGUACAACUUAGAUAAGAGCACAAAGCUUAAAACUGACAUGAUUAAAUAGUUAGAUUUAUAGAAAAAGGGAGUCUUCAGAUUAGAAGAUUUUACAGUUUUUACAGCUUUUAAGAAUUUGAUUCACUUAGAUCUCUCUAAGAAUGAUUUCAAGGCUGAAACUGAUACACCAAAGCUUUUAAAUUUGUUAUCUAAGUGCAGCAAGUUAAAAAAUAUAAAUCUAGACUGGGAAGUAGAAAUGCUUUUGUGGGAUCUUUAUGAAUAAGGAAAGAUUAAAGAAGUUUGUCCUACUUUAAUGAGUGUUAACGAUAGAACCUUCGCUUAUGGAAAACCUUAACCAAACGAAGAAGAUAUACGCUUUAUCAUUAAGAAUAUCUGGAAGAUUGCUGGCAAUUACCGUCUUAUGAGUGAAGAAUAGAUGGAUGAAACUUCUUACUGGUAUUUAAAUGAUUUAUGUGGUAUCUCUGUAUAGCACUCUGAUACACCUAACAUUCGUAUGGUUCCUUUCCUUUAUGCUCCUAAUAAUUAAUUAAAGGAAGCAAAGUCCUACACUAUAAUGUGGCCAUUAGAGGAUAUCUCUGCAGGAAGCUGCUUAUUCAGAGAUUAUUUAGUUGGAUUCGAUGAAAAGUCACAUCGUUCUGCUAGACUUUCUAUAUGGUUCAACGUACCUGAUGAUUUCUUUAUCAAGGCUAACCAAGAAUACAAAAAUAAAUUGAUGUAAACAACUUUGUAUGGCAAAAAGUAUAUUUCUGAAUUCAAGAGUAUCCCUGCUAAAUUCGUAGGAUUGAAUGAUACUUUGCCAAAAUAGACACCUUUGAAGGUUAUCACUGACAACUCUCUUGUUUCUGAGUAUCUCACUGCUCCUGAAUUUUAACUUUGCAAAACUCUUGAAGAAGCUAAUGUUAUUUUCUUGACUCACUGUUUUGAAGAAACUAUUAGAGACCACUACAUGACUAAAUUCUGCAACUAAUUCCCAGAUGAGUGCCAUAUUGUUCAAAAAAAUCAUUUGGCUGAUACAGUUUUCUCUACUCUUGGCCAAGUUGAUUGGAUUUAACCCACAUAUAACUUAAAAACUUAAAUGAACGAAUUUGUUGGUGAAUAUAAAAGAAGACGCAACACUUUAGAAGAUAAUGUUUGGAUCAUCAAGGCUUUUAAUUUAGCUAGAAGCUUAGAUAUGAUAGUAACCGAUAAUCUUGACUAAAUCAUUCGUUAAACAGAAACAUUACCCAGAUUAGCCUAAAAAUAUAUAACUAAUCCAGUAACACUUUUUGGUAAGAAGAUUGACUUGCGUUACAUUGUUUCAGUCAGAUCACUUGAGCCUUUCGAAGUCUUCAUCUAUAAAGUCUUUUGGAUUCGUACCUCAAACAACGAUUUCACAAAUGAUUAUCGUUCUCGCGAAAUCUAUGAAACCCAUUUUACAGUUAUGAAUUAUGGUAAAAAACUUAAAUAAAUUCACUAUGAUGAAUUCAUUGAAGAAUUCGAGAAAGAGUACACACAAAUUAAAUGGGCUGCAAUUCAUGAUAAAAUCAAAACUAUGGUUAAAGAAUUGUUUAUGGCUGUCUACAAGAAGUAUCCUGGUAUGCCUCAUCCUAACUGUAGAGGUUCUUAUGGUAUGGAUGUUAUGAUUGAAAACGGAACUUUCUAGCCUAAAUUGUUAGAACUUACAUUCUCUCCAGACUGUGAACGUGCUUGCAAAUACCAUCCCCACUUCUUCAAUGACAUGUUCAAGCUCUUCUUCUUGAACGACUAAGAACACCCCAACUAUGAAAAGUUAUGA